AUGCCAACAAUUUAUGUGUCGUGUAGCAAUAAAAAAGCCAAGAGUUGCCGAAAGAGCUUGCGUCACUGCCUGCGGACGAGGACCGGAGCGACGAGUUUCGAGUUACCUACUGAGCAGUCAGUUCGCACCGGAGCGCGGCACGAGUCACGCGCCUCUCUCGCACCUGUGUCUGUGUCAGUGAUCUGUGCUGUGUUGUGUGCAUGUACCGACGACCGAGAUGCUUAUAACAGAGACCUCGCCUCCGUCGCCGCUGGGCGACGAGAAGGAGUCGAAGAUGAGCCAGAUUCAAUUCUCACCACCGAUCGACAAACAAAACACACUGGCGUUACAGAAGCGGGCGGAGGCGGUAUGCGUUCAGAAUGCAUACAAACACUACGGGUCCAAUAA